AUGACCAUCACUUACUUUAUUACUGGUGCCAAUCGUGGGAUUGGGUUUGAAUUUGCUAAACAACUUUCUGCUGAUUCCAAUAAUAUCGUUAUUGCAACCACCCGUUCUUUUACUAAUGCUGCCGCUUUGAAAGAGUUGAAUCGCACAAAUCUUAUCAUUAUUGAAUUUGAUUUAAAUAAUUCUUUAGAUCUGAUGCGGAAAUCUUUGCAAUCAAUUGAAAAUUACUCGGUCGAUGUUGUUAUUCAAAACUCGGGGAUCGCUAAAGACUCUCAGAAAUCAAUUCUCCAAACAACCGAAGAUGAGCUUCGUGAACAUUAUGCGGUUAACGCAAUCGGCUCGGUGAAAGUGUAUCAAUCCAUCUUCCCCUUCUGGUCUAAAAAGGCCAACCCGGAAACCCCCAAAAAGCUCAUCUUCAUCACUUCUGGUGCUGGGUGUGUUAAUAAUUUCUACCCUAUGCAAGCCUCCCAUUAUGGCGUUUCUAAAGCUGCUUUGAACUAUAUUUCAAGACACAUUGCUUUUGAUCACAAAUCUUCCGAUUUGGUCCACAUUAAGAAUUCGAUUGUGGUUGCGGUUCAUCCUGGUGUUGUUGAAACUGAUAUGUCUAAGCCACUUCUUCCUUACCGAGAGAGCUUCCCACUCCCAAUAAUAACUCCUCAAGAAUCUGCUGCUAGUACAAUUACACCAGAAGAAUCUGCUAGUAGUAUCAUCAAGCUUAUUAAUGGUCUCGAACAAAAGGAUAACGAUACUUUUAUUAGUUAUGAUGGUACCAGACAUUCUUGGUAA